CUGAGGGGCAGCAGUGUGGCGGCUGAUGCGCUGACAGCCCCUGGCGAUGCCAACGCCACUGGCGUCCUCGAAAUCACCCUCCUCCCCGUCCCCUCCCCCACUAUCCUUCCCCCCUUCCCCCUCCUCCAUCUGCCCUUUGUGUCGGUGGGCAGGAACGGCACGGACUACGACGUGGCCUUCACGGCGCGCAUCUCCCUCUCGACUGACGCCGCCCCCACGGCGCUCACUCUCAACAGCGGCAGCGCUGCCACCACCGGCCUGAUUCUGCUGGACUUUUCCACGGCCACGGGCGCGGACGGCGCGUCCCCCCCUGCGUGGACCAGCGCGGCCUCGGCCUCCCCUGGCAGCGGCCCCAUGGGGCGCGCGUGGGGCCGCCUGCAGCGCGCAGUGGGGCGCUCUGCGCGCACGGCAGGGCUGCACACCUUCACUCUCACGGCCGUGUGGCGCGCCGCUGCCACCGUGGCUGCUGCGGACGGCGUGCAGACGGUGAAGGACGUGGCGCUGGCGGUUGUGGCGCAGCCCACCGCCUUCUAUGCUCUCGUCGCUUCCCCCGGGUUUGAGGCGGGUGCUGCUAGGGGGCAGUUCCAGAAGGCGCCCAAAGGAUGGGCGUUCGGCCUCAGGAACUAA